AUGGCGGUACCUCAACCUCAACCCCCAGCGAAAGGGACGCGGAAUCCGCCUUUCAUUCAAUGGAUUUUGGAGAACGGUGCGACUCAAGACACCAAAUCUCCUUCAGGACCCCCAAAAGACGUCCUCCCAGAAACUCUUAGUGGCAAUUCCACAUCCCCAUUAUUCCCCCAAGAUGGCCCUCGACAAAGCUACGUCGAACUCUCGGCUUUGGACGCAGGCUACAUAGGUCUACCUGAGAGAGAGUUCAUCAACCCUCACGAUCCGCAGGCUGUCCAUCGCUGUCCAUCCCUGGCCUUUUUCAUCCGUCAUCCCCCAACAGGUAUCAUGAUUGUCUACGACCUCGGACUUCGGCGGGACGUGCACAACUAUCCUCCCAAGGUCGCCAGACGGCUGACAGAUGGGACACGUCUGGUCGAAGUCCCAAGCGACGUGAGGGAGUCACUCGAGCAUGGCGGUGUUUCGGCCGACGACAUCGACCUGGUGAUCCUGAGCCACAUCCACUAUGACCAUACGGGCGAUCCGGACAAAUUUCCCAAGUCGCACUUUGUGGUCGGCCAUGGCACGAUGGAGCUGCUCAGGCCAGAAGUCUACGGCGACCCGAACGAGACCUGGUUCUUGCCUUCCUUGCUGCCAUCAGACCAAAGCCGGGUGACCGAGUUGCCUGACCCAGACCAGACUUUCCUCAAAGACGGAACUCCUCUGUGGAAACCGCUGGCACGUUUCCCUCAUGCCCUUGACAUCUUCAGCGACGGCAGCUUCUACAUCAUCAGCGCGCCAGGUCACGUCGAGGGGCACAUCAACGGCCUCGCACGCAUUGGUCCCCAACGUUUCAUUCUUUUGGGGAGUGAUUCGUGCCACUUCCCGUCGUUGCUGGACGGGACGUGCACCAUCGCCAAGUUUCAACAGGCUGAUGGCUCAAUGAAGAGCGUCCAUGUGGAUGAUGUCGCGACAGCGAGGCACAUUGCCAAUAUGAGGAGCAUGGUAAGAGACGCCGACGAUGACUUCUCAUUCGAGGUGGUCCUCGCGCAUGAUCAGGAAUGGGCUCUGAAAAAUGGCGAAAAGUUUUUGCCAGGCAAGUUUUGA